AUGAAGGUGGCAAUUGCAGCACAAACCCUUAGCAAUUCUGUAGCUGCUGGAUUAAUGUACCUGAAAAAUAUUAAAGUGCCACAGUUUCUAGACAGUGAUGAAACAGCAGAGUUCAUUUUGAAAAUAAACAACUUGUUUGAUAUUUUAAAUUCAAAAAGUAAAUAUGGAAAACAUUACAAGAGCCCUAUUAGACUGGAAAAUUUGGAUGAACUUAAGUAUUAUGUACAUGAGACCAUUGCAUACUUAAAGGAACUCAAAGAUAGCGAAGGAGUUAAACUAAUAGAUGGUCCCAGGAAAACAUUCAUCUUGGGGUUUGCUCUGUCAUCUAAAUCAAUUCUAGCUUUGGCAAAACACCUACUGACCAGAAAUUACAAUCAAUUUGAGUAUGUUCUCACUUACCGGCUCUCUCAAGACCAACUUGAGAUGUUCUUCACUAAGAUACGAAGUCGCCUGGGAUGGAACAACAAUCCAAACGCAUUGCAGUUCAAGUGGGCUCUCAGGGCACUAUUACAGAAGAACCAAGUAGCUGCUUCUCCAACUGCCAAUUGCUCUGUCGUCGAAGAAGGCAAACUAGCAGAAGAAGCUACUCACUUAGACAAGAAGGUCACCAGCAUCUUAGAUUGUUCCACCAUUUGGCAUGAGGAUGUGUUAUCAUAUAUUGGAAGAUAUAUUGUCAAAAUAAUAACCAAGUGCCUGAAGUGUGCUGAAUGUGUUGCAGCCUUAGUUAUGGAGAAUAACGGCCAACCUUCCUUGGCUGAUCACACAUAUGGUCAAUCAUACUCUUCCAUGCCAAGUCUGAUUUCUUUCAAGAGCUAUGAUAGUCUGAUAAACCCAUCCACAUCAGUGUUAAAGACCGUAAAAGUAGCUGACAGUCGUCUCCGUCUUCUGGCAGCCAAGUGGAGUAAUUUGCCAGAAAAAGCACUGGAAACAUUGCAACGGGACGUGCUACAAGAAGUGAAGCCAAGUGCUUUUCAGUCACUGCAACAACACUCCCAAGACACUCGUGUACUGGACAAAGAUCUUCGUGACGACCACAUCACCAUCCUCGUAAAGAAAAUCACGGAUUUGUACAGCAAGAUAUUUCUUCACCAGUUCUCGAAAGUCUAUUCAGAACGAAUUGUCAGGCAAGAGGCACCAUCAAAACGGCAAAAGCUAAAUAAACUCAUUCUUUUUUGA